UGUUCGUCACCAUUUUUACCAGAAUUGGUCAUACUUUGAAUUAAAGGGAAAAUCCUAAAUAUUUCCCUCCCAUAACCAACCAAUUUUUUUUGCUCCAAAAAAUUCUCUUAAAUGUAUCAAAUCAAUUCCUUCUUCUUAUUCAUCUCCAUUUUCAUAUCCAUUUUCCCACCAUCAUUUUCAUCAAAUACCCAUCAAAUCUUCAACAAAUGUGCUCCAACAAAAUCAUCAUGUGGGUUCCAAUGGAAAAUAUCUUACCCAUUUUGGGACUCAACAAUCCCAAAUUAUUGUGGUCACCCUGCCUUUAAACUAGAUUGUGAUUCCAAUUCUUCCCUCACAAUCAAUAUCAAAAAUCAAAAAUAUAAAAUCCAAAACAUCAAUUAUGAUGAUAAAUUGUUAAUAAUUUCAAAUCUAGGGUUUGAUAAUGGUCCUUGUCCUUCUAGAAGGACCCAUUUAGUCAACUCUAGUUUAGAGGAUAAUCUCUUUAAUUUGAGUUCUAAUACUCAAAAUGCAACCCUUUUCUUUGAUUGUCAUGGGUCUAAUCUAAGAUCGGAUUUACCCUAUCCAUUUUCUUGUUUUGGAUUUGGGUCUGAAUCUGGGUCUGGCCGCUAUGGUAAGGGGGGUUUUAGUAGUAAUGUUAGUUUUAUGGCUAUAAAUAGAACAUGGGAUGAAGAGUUGAGAAGAAUUUGUAGAUUUGUGGUUGAUAUUCCUAUUCUUAAGACUAUGGCUAUGGAGCUUGCUUAUGGUGAAUUAGAUUUGAAUGAUGUUUUUAAGAAGGGGUUUGAGGUAAAAUGGAGGAUUGAUGAUGGUGGUUUAUGUGAAGAUUGUUUGAAUAUUGGAGGAAGAUGUGGAUUCAAUUAUACACUUGGUCAACCUACUUGUUUCUGUGAAAACGGUGCAAUUUGUAAAAAGCUUAAUGCUACUUUAAAUGCUCCAAAAGAUAAGAGGUCCAAUUGGGGUGUAUUCGUACUCGCAGGUAUAGGAAUUGGUGUAUGUUUACUGUUGAGCUCUUUGUGCUUAUUUAUCUAUAGACGGAAACGCAAGAAUGGUGCCACAAAAUUCUUGACUCACAACAAGUCUUAUAGCCCAUCCACGGGUGGAUCAAAUUUUGACUUCCUAAAUGGGAGCACCUAUUUUGGUGUUCAUGUAUUCACUUAUAGAGAACUUGAAGAAGCCACAAAUCACUUUAACCCCUCAAAGGAACUUGGAGAAGGAGGAUUCGGAACAGUUUAUCAUGGAAAACUUCGAGAUGGACGUGAAGUGGCAAUCAAACGUCCAUAUGAAAACAACAACAAACGAGCAGAACAGUUCCUAAACGAGGUUGAAAUACUUGCAACCUUACGCCACAAAAACCUUGUAAACCUGUACGGUUGCACAUCUCGUCAGAGUAGUGAACUUCUCCUUGUUUACGAGUAUGUUCCAAAUGGCACAGUCGCGGAUCAUCUUCAUGGAAAACAAAGUAAAAACGGGCUGCUUUCAUGGUCAAAAAGACUAAGCAUCGCCAUUGAAACCGCAAGCGCCCUUGUUUACCUUCACGACUCAGACAUCAUUCACCGCGAUGUCAAGACUCAAAACAUCCUUCUUUGCAAUGAUUUUUCAGUCAAGGUAGCGGAUUUUGGGCUUUCCCGUCUAUUCCCCUUGGAUGUGACUCAUGUAUCAACAGCUCCUCAAGGCACUCCCGGCUAUGUAGACCCUGAAUAUCAUCAGUGUUAUCAGCUAACUGAAAAAAGCGAUGUUUACAGUUUUGGUGUUCUAUUGGCUGAACUUAUAUCAUCGUUGCCUGCAGUUGAUAUCACAAGGCGAAGGGUUGAUAUAAAUUUGUCUAAUAUGGCGAUUAAUAAGAUUCAAAAUCAUGCAUUACACGAGUUUGUUGAUCCUUCACUUGGGUAUCAGUCUGAUUAUCAGAUAAAGAAGGAAAUAACAGAAGUCGCAAAGUUGGCUUUUGAGUGUUUGCAGAGUAGAAAAGAAACGAGGCCAACGAUGAACGAAGUUUUUAAGAGAUUAUUAGUCAUACAAGCGAAACAAGGAAGUGAAUUCGACAAUGCAGAAGAAGUAGAUAUUCCUGUUGAUGAUGUUCUUAUGUUAAAGGUUGAUUUCUCUCCUUCUCCACCACAAAGAGAGGAGUAUCAUUUGGUUACACAAUAUAAGCCUAAUGCUAGUGUUUAGUCUUUGCUUCUUUAUCCAUAAUACUACUAGUACCAAUUAACAUGUUUUGUGUUUUUAAUUUUUUAGAAAAAGAAAAAGUUGUAUCAAUGAGAAUAUGUGUAUAUAACUAUAUAUGUACACCAAGUAGUAAUAUUAUACUAGUAUUAGAUUAGAUUGAUAGUGCUAAAAGAUCAAUAAAAACAUUAUAUAAA